AUGGGGCGUAGGAAACUUCGUUAUCUCAAGAAGAAGAGCAAUCUGCAGCUAUGCGUCCAGUAUUGUCUUUGUCUUUUUAUUGGUCUUCUGGCGGUUGCAUUCCUCCAGUCCAGUGUAAUGUGCAACCAAGCCAAUUUACCAUCCGAAUGCUGUUUUAAUUAUUAUGGGAGAAAAAUCCAGGUUGCUAAAAUUGAUUCCUACGUGAACACGAGUAAAGACUGCACCAAACCUGGAGUCAUUUUUGUCACAAUGAAGGGUUCUCGUCUCUGCGUGGAUCCUGAGCUGAACUGGGUGAAGAGGGUCAUGAGAGUAUUGGAUGAUCGUGAUCUUUAGUGAUGAUCAACAUGCUCAAAGGAACAGUUUUGUUUGUUUCUUAAGUAUUAGCCCAGUAGCCCUCUUCCUGUAAUGCUCUGUCAUUCUUUUCAUUGUUAUCAUGUGAGGCAUUAUGUCGAGUAAAUGACAAGCUUAGUAUUUCUUUAACAUUCUGCUUUAAAUGCUAAACUAAUUGUUUUACCUUUAACUGUAGUGUUAU